AUGGGUUGUCUAAUCAGGGUGCUGUGUAUUCCACCGUCUCACAUACUUUUCUCCCUUCUGGCUGGUCCUGUUUCCUUCAUGUGGAAACUCCUACAUGUAGCGAGAAAGAGCAGCGUAGAUUCAUUUCGCGUACGCUUACAUAAGCUUUUCAACCUGCCAUUAAAUGCUCCAGCACUUCGCCCAGCUCAAUCCAUUUCAUUUGCACCUACGAAGCUGUUGCGCUCACCGCAUCUCCAAAUCAAGAACUUUUUUUCAUUAACAUAUGUAUUAAAAGCAGUGAAAUAUUAUUGUUAUUCAGAUAAACCGCGAGGAGUGGUAGCCACAGUUAAAGGUGAUUAUAACUAUCAUCAUUACAUGCAGGACGGAAUGGACGAUUCUGGAUGGGGUUGUGCUUAUCGAAGUCUGCAGUCAAUUUGGAGUUGGUUCAUCCUCAAUGGAUUCACUGAUAAGCCAGUGCCGACGCAUUUGGACAUACAAAAGUGUUUGGUGGAAAUCAAAGACAAGGAAGAAAAGUUUAUUGGCAGCAGGCAGUGGAUUGGCAGCACCGAAAUCGGUUUUGUGCUGGAUCACAUGCUCGGCUAUGAAUCAAGAUACAUAAUCACCAAUUCUGGAAGUGAAGUUGCAGAACGAGCGCGGGAACUGAUGAUGCACUUCCAGACAGUUGGCUCACCAGUCAUGAUAGGUACUAUUUUACAAUCAUAUCGUGCAGCUAUCGUUCCUUUCCUCUGCUCUGUUUUCAUUAUCUUUUGUAUCUGCUUUAGCUAAAG